GGAAACAAGGCUGAAUAGAAAGCACACAAAUUUCCAACUAAAUACUCUACAAAAUGCCGGGAUCCAAAUCGAUAAAUGUAAGCCGUUCCAAAGCGCAUCCCGCAGCGGAACGUAAGGCACGCAGCACCCAGCAUGUCACGAUAACUGGCGAUAAGAACAAAGCAAGUGAGGAGAAUGUGCAACAAAUCAAACCGGUGGCAAGUGUAAAGACUGAUGAAGAUUCGGAUACUGAUUCGGAGGAGGCACACUCGGAGGCACAGCCGGCCACUGAUGUGACCAUCUAUAAUGAGUAUAGCAUGGGACCCGCUUUCGGUUGCAAGUUUCCAUUACAAUUUAUACAUUUUAUGGUCAAUCGCGUCUUAAGUACCCAGCUAAAAGGCAAGACCUACCAGCCGGGAGAUGCCACCAAGUGGGUGCGCGAUGUGGCUGACAAUGUCAACCUGAAAAUGCAGGGCUAUUGUCGGCAGCAUCGCUUCAAGCAUGUGGUUAAUGUUGUCAUCUAUCAGCAGACAGGUGCUGGUUUCCAUUAUGGCUUCCGUGCCGUUUGGGAUGUACUUGCCGAUGAUCAUGUACGCGUCACCUUUGAUGCCGGCACUUUGGUGUGCAUUGUCACCGUCUUUGGCUGUUAUCAAUAUUAAAUUGAAUACGAUUUUAGCGCAAUAAAUAUAAAUAAAUA